AUGGGGCAACAGCAGUCUGGUUUUGGUGGGAAACGCGAAGACCGAGGAGGCGGUGACGCGGAUAAGGAAAAGAAACGAAAAUAUGAAGCACCAAUUCCAACACGAAUAGGAAAACGCAAGAAGAAGGGGAAGGGCCCGGAUGCUGCUAUUAAACUACCGACAGUAACGCCUCAUACACGCUGUCGUUUGAAGUUGUUGAAAUAUGAACGAAUCAAGGACUAUCUAUUGAUGGAGCAAGAAUUUAUUCGAAAUCAGGAGCGCCUGAAACCACAGGAAGAGAGACAAGAGGAAGAGCGUAGUAAGGUGAAUGAUCUGCGUGGAACUCCAAUGGCUGUUGGAAAUUUGGAAGAAAUCAUCGAUGAUCAGCAUGCAAUCGUUUCCACGAAUGUGGGAAGCGAGCAUUACGUGAAUAUUCUUUCAUUUGUUGACAAGGAACAAUUGGAACCUGGCUGUGCCGUGUUGUUGAAUCAUAAAACUCAUGCUGUGAUAGGAGUUUUGGCUGACGACACUGAUCCGAUGGUUUCUGUAAUGAAAUUGGAGAAAGCUCCACAGGAAACAUAUGCAGAUGUUGGAGGAUUGGACCAGCAAAUACAGGAGAUUAAAGAGUCUGUGGAAUUACCUUUAACUCAUCCAGAAUAUUAUGAGGAAAUGGGCAUUAAGCCACCUAAAGGUGUUAUCCUCUAUGGAUCUCCUGGUACAGGUAAAACUUUGCUAGCCAAAGCAGUUGCUAAUCAAACAUCUGCUACAUUUUUGCGUGUUGUUGGUUCGGAACUUAUCCAAAAGUAUCUGGGUGAUGGGCCCAAAAUGGUGCGCGAACUUUUUCGAGUUGCUGAAGAGCAUGCGCCUUCAAUAGUAUUUAUUGAUGAAAUUGAUGCUGUUGGUACGAAAAGAUACGAUUCUAAUUCCGGAGGCGAACGUGAAAUCCAGCGCACUAUGCUUGAAUUGCUCAAUCAGCUGGAUGGUUUUGAUUCGCGUGGCGAUGUGAAAGUACUCAUGGCGACAAAUCGUAUUGAUUCACUAGAUCCUGCUUUGAUCAGGCCAGGUCGUAUCGACCGUAAAAUCGAAUUUCCAUUACCGGAUGAAAAGACUAAGCGUCGCAUUUUUCAAAUCCAUACGUCACGAAUGACAUUGGCUAAUGAUGUUGAUCUUGAUGAAUUCAUUGCAGCGAAGGAUGAACUUAGUGGGGCUGAUAUUAAGGCGAUGUGUACAGAGGCAGGUUUACUUGCGCUGCGUGAACGUCGCAUGAGAGUAACAAUGGAUGAUUUCAAGAAAUCAAAAGAAAACGUACUUUAUCGCAAGAAUGAGGGAGCUCCGGAAGCUUUGUAUUUAUAA